UCGGGUACUCUCCUCCUACCUUUUGCAUUGCCCACUGACCCACUGACGCGAGCCUUCCCCUCUCUUUUCCCCUCUCCUCGCACGCUCGUCCGUAUCCCCCACAGCACUCAGACAGUCUUACGCAUAACAACCUUCUUUCUUUUCCCGCCUGAUACCUAUUAUCCCCAUAUCUAAUUCCAUCCACACAGUACAUAUAUUUUCUUCUUCUUCUAAAUCCAAUAUCCGAUUCCAUCAACCCGAAUCGGAUGCCAGAAAUCCAUCAGGCACAAGCGCCUUCAAAAACCGCAAGAGGAUAACUAAGUUCGUAGCCCUCCAGCUAACUGACUUUGUGCUUGCGGUCUCUGAGUCGCACCUGCGUAAAGAGAGAAAGAUGGCUCCCUCCGCCGAGCAGAUGGCCCCCUUAGUGGACCAGCUGUCGGGCUUCAGCGUGGUCGACUACGUGGUGUUCGCCGGGCUCCUGGUGAUCAGCAUGGGCAUCGGGGUCUACCACGCCUUCCGCGGGAACAAGAACCCGGAGGAAUUCUUGCUUGGCGGGCGGUCCAUGUCCACGCUCCCGGUUUCCAUCUCUCUUUUAUCGUCGUUUAUCUCUGCCAUCUCUAUUCUGGGGAACUCGGGGGAAACCUACGCCCACGGAAUGCAGCUCAGCAUGUUACUCGUGGGCGCCCUCACCGGCAUCACGGGGGCGGCGCAUCUCUUCCUCCCCGUGUUUUACCCUCUCAAGAUGACCAGCGUGAAUGAGUACAUCGAGAUGAGGUUCAAUUCCCGCUUGCUCAGGAUCACGUCCCUGGUUCUGAACACGUUCAUCGGCCUCAUCUACUCGGGCCUGUGCCUGUUCGCCCCCACGCUGGCGCUGGCCUCCGUCACGCCCCUCUCGGUCGACAGCAACAUCGUCAUUCUGGGCAUCGUGUGCACUUUGUACUCCACCAUUGGCGGGCUGAGGGCGGUGGUGUGGACGGACGUGUUCCAGAUGGGGGUCGUGCUGGCGGGCGUGGUGGCCGUGAUCAUCGUGGGCUGCCUGGAGGUGGGCGGCUUCCAGGAGGUGUGGGCCAUCGCGCAGGCAAACAACCGCACCGAGUUGUUCAACCUCAGCCUCGACCCCCACGAGCGUCACACCUUAGCCAACGUCAUGACGAUGGGCACAGUCCUCUACUUCUCGGUGUAUGGAGUGUCGCAGACCAACCUGCAGCGGAUCUGCUCCGUGCCUUCGGAGGCCCAGGCCAAGAGAGUCCUGUACAUGAACAUCGUGGGCAUGAUAGUGCUCUCCAGCCUCCUGUACUUCAGCGGCCUUUGUGCCUUCGCGACCUACCAUGGCUGUGACCCCUUGACCCGAGGUCUCAUCAGCACAAAGGACCAGAUCAUGCCCUAUUUCGUCAUGGAUAAAAUGGGCUUCUUGUACGGUAUGCCCGGCCUCUUCGUCGCCACCCUCUUCAGCGGAGCUCUGAGCUCGCUCUCGUCCGUGAUCAACUCGCUGGUGGCCAUGCUGUGGACGGACACGCUGGUGCCGCUGCCCUUCUUCGGAAAGAUGUCCAAGGCAGGCGGGGCCAUCGUCAACAAGAUCCUGUCCUUGGUCGUGGGCGCCAUCAUGAUCGGCGUGGCCUUCUUCGCCAAGCGCUUCGGCGGCCUCAUCCAGGCGGCCAUCACCAUCACCAGCGUCAUGGGCGGCCCGAUGCUCGGCCUCUUCAUCCUGGGCAUCCUCGUGCCCCACUGCGACCGCCGGGGGGCAUUCGCGGGCAUCAUCACGUCUGCGGUCUUCGUCUCCUGGAUAGCGAUGGGGGCCUCGCUCUACGGCACAAAACCCGAAUACCUCUCUCUCUCGACUGACAAUUGCCCCGUCAGCUUCAACGUCAGCAAUCAGACGUUUAAUUCCCACGGCGAUCAGGGGAUUAGUGACGUCACUCAGUUUGCGAACCUCAGCUCUUUCGUCCAAUCAAGAGGCCAGAAUGAUCUUGAUGACGUCAUAAGCAAAUCCGCCCUACACGAACUCGACUUGGAGGAGGAGGCGGCCGCCACCGCUGCCGCCGAGAGCCUCGUCGACGACACUACGGCGCAGGAGGAGGACUGGCCACUCCUUGCUUUAUAUAAGAUUUCCUACACUCUUUACCCAGUCAUCGGAAGCCUUACCUGUAUCAUCGUAGCCCUUAUCGUCACCAUCGCUACAGGUGGAGAGGACUUGAGCCGAAUCAGACCGGAGCUGGUGAGUCCUAUCAUCCGGCGGUUCCUUCCUCCCAGGACCACGAAGGACUCCUAUUACCUCCCUGUGAAAACCUUCUCUAUGGAGGAUUCUGCCAACGGACAACAGCUGUAUCCUAUACACAAAUCCGAUCCUUAAGUUUGAAGUUUUUUUUUUUUUUUUUUUUUUUCUUUCGUGGUUAAUUUGGGAUGUCGAGUCUGUUUUUUUUUUUUUUUUUUUUUUUCAUCCAAAUUUGUUCUCGCGAUUUUCAUAUCCAUUUCACAGUAAUCAUAAUAACAUGCUCUUGACUACCAUAGACAUUAUGCACAUAAUUUUAUUUUAACAAAAGAGUAAAAUUUGAUUUUACUCUUUUCGGCGCGCCAUUGUGAUGACGUCAUUGCUUUCAAGUACAACGAAGUUUCAUCUAUAAAUUUCGCUAUAUGUUUCAUUUUCACUGGAAAAAAAAUAUAUACAUAAGUCCCUGUAUAUUCUCUUCAUAAAGAGGGCUAACGUAAAAGCUAUGAUACUCAUAUUCUCAAAACAAAAUCAAAACAAAAGGCGAAUUUAGUGUUCAGAGUCGAGCUUUGUGUUCGAACUGCUGACUGAAACAAUGAGUUUCUUAUGUUAGUAGUUCGAAUACUGAAGCUUCAUUGAGCUUCAGUAUUCGUAAAAAAGGUAUGGCUGAGAGUACAUAAUUUCACAACACAAGAUAUUAAUAAUAUUUGCAUGCCUAUUCUACACAGGGAAGUCUCUUUGGUUUAACUUGUUCGUAUGGCAGGACUUCAGUAGAGUCCCAAAGAGUUUUUUUUUUUUUUCAACUAAAGCACUAAAAUGUAUUCGAAUUAUUAAUUUUAUAGGUAUCAGGGAGUUUUUUUUUUUUUUAUUGGAACUAACCACAGCUUACUCAAAUCCGGGACCUUAUAUUGAAUUUUGAUAAUACGAACGGAAAAAUAUAAAAAUGUACAUCUUCGUCAUUUUUCAAAUUCUAGAGAGAUUUCUGAAGAUCACAAACAGCCGAGUCUUUCUGGAAAUUCUCACUUUAUAAUUUCCUUCUUUUUUUUCUAUGAUUUCAUUGUCGUUUUUUUUUUCUUCAUGUAAUUCCAUUUUCGUCUCUUUUUCUUUUUCAUUUCUCUAUGUAAUCUCCCCCAUGUGUCCGUCCUCUUAGCCUUCUUAAAAGAGGCGAGAUUAUCUCCAUUUUAUUAUAAGAAAUUAUGGUAAUGCUAGUAAAUGUAAACAAGUU